AUGUCAAUUACACCAACGGAUGCAUGUAUGGGUUGUUGUUGUGGUGUCUGCAAACCAAAAACCGAUGCGGCACAACAACCUCCUCCUCCUAUACCUUUUCCUCCGCCACCAUUACCAGCACCAGCGCCACUCCCUUAUCCUGUACCACCACCAGCAUUACCAGCACCACCACCACCGGUAUAUGCACCUCCACCACUACCAGCACCACCACCACCAGCAGCACCAGUUUAUCCAGUGCAACCACCUGUAUACGCAAAACGACCAGUGUAUGGACCGGUUUCCUACGGUGUACAACAAUAUGAAGUAUCAGGAUCUGCUAGUGGACAACAAAAUAGAGCUGAUCGUGUCCAUUUUAUCCGAUAA